CAGAAUCCUCGCAGCCAACAUUCACUAGACCAUGUUUAGUCAGACUCCUCGCCCUCCUAAUCAAAGAGUUGGCCAGACUCCAAUCAGAACACACACUACUGGACUUGCCAUCAAUGCAUCAGCUUCCAAUUCAAGAAAAAAUGCACCAGUUUCCACUCCUAAACAUCAUCCCAGUUCUGCGUUGCUAGUCAGACAUGCACUUACUGAACCAAGACAGUCUCGUCUUGCUAGUUCUGCGUCCAUUUCUCAUUCUCCUCUAUUGUCUCGUCCAGUGAAUCCAUUCGAUGCUGCUAAUAUAUCCAUGGAUAAACAUUCGCAAGAUUCAUUUGUAUUUCAACCUGCCAAUCCAUCUCGUCAUCUUCCUGACAUCGUGCUGCUUCAAAGUGCUACCCAUAAAGCCACUGUCAUUGGCGAAUCCCAUCCAGAUGCUUUGCAGUUUAUUCAAGAGACUAAUCUAGGUGUUAGUGCAAUUCAUGCAGUCGUGGAUCAGACUGUUGGAUACGCUAUUAUUGCUGUUCCCGAUAGAUGCUUUGUCUGGCAGUACACCAAGAAAAAUGCAACCUAUAUUCCACCAUGCAUGCAGUUUCCCAUGGGUGACAGUGCUUACAAGGAUCAGCAUGCACUUGUAUCGUUUGUGACACCUUUCUCUAGUGGUGCUCGACAAACUGGGCUUCUUGCUUGUACGGCUGAUGGUCGUGUCAGGUUCUGGGAAAACAUUACCUUCAACCCAGAGAGUUUUCGUGAAAUCAAGAUUCCUAUUGCUCCCAGCGAUUGCGUUUCAUUUUUGAUCAACUGUGAUCCUGUUGGGUUUGUUAUUGGAACGCAGAAUUCUGUUGUUUUUCAAGUUUCCUUGUUUGAUUUGAAUGGGCUUGGUCGACUUACAUGUACGCCUAUUCAACGCUCAUCUGGAAUGUUCAAUCGCGUCACUUCUCUUUUUGGUUAUGGCUCGCAAGAGAUCGAAGUCGGACCUGUUGCUAAUGGCAAUCUGGUUUGUCUGAUUCCUGGAAAAGUUAUUGAUGGACGCACUGGAUGUGAACUAUAUGUUUUGACCCAAGACAUACUUCAAAAAUGGAUACUGUCCAAAACACAAGCAGACAAGUUGGUUAUGGAGGUUGAGAUUCAUUCAGCAAUUAGAAACCAUUUAGCCAACACUGUAUCGAUUGGAUCUCACUAUCCCCGCAUUUGUAUCGAAGAUGCAGACUUUACAAGUCUCUUAUUAAAACUUAUACUGUCAAGAAACGAUCAACUGGCAAUUUUGGUUGGAUAUUCCAUUUCUGAACCUCAAUGCCAUUACUCAGUUUUGGAUGCUCCACCACUUUCUUUAGCAUUGUCCAAUGGAGGUCCAUUUUUUUUUGCUAAUACUACGGACCACGUUAUUAUUUCUACUUUGGAACCAGAUGUUGAUUUUGAAGAGCUGCUACCAUUUACUCAGACUCAUACACAUAUUCUUGGUCUUGGAGUUGAUAAGCCCCGUAUUUUUCAGCAAGAUGCUAAUGCACCUGUAUCUGCUAUUGCUGUAUUUCAUGGAUCAAGUCCUAAUCUUGUGCAAAUUACUGUAUCUGCUACAGCUGUUCGUGCAGACGAUACAAUUGAAAUGAACGAGGAUAUUCCAAAUCAAGAGCGUUCGACUCAAAUUCUUUGCGCAAAAUUGGAGCAAGCCGUGUUUUUUGGCAGCAACAGCACUGAUCGGUCCAACCCAAUCGCAUUUGAUCUUGUUCAGCCAGGCGGUGAUAUUGAUGCUGCAUCAUUGCAUGUUUCCAGAUCUAUUUUAAACUCAACUAGCCAACAUAUUCACUCGAUCAUUGACAUGCGUGCCCAGCUCAGCGGUCGUUUUCAUCGCAUUGACCAUAUCAUUUCUAUUAUUUCAUCACACGGGUUGCUUCACAAGAUUUCACUAGCAACGAGGUUUAAACUGGCGUUUAAUGUGGAAAAAAUUGCUGUAGCAGAACAACUAUGGCGUCUUAUAAAUCAAGUUAGAGGGGAUGCAGAGGCGGUUAAACGCAACAAGUCUCUUUUAAUUUUGGAAGAAAGCAUUGAUAAGUUUAUGACUAGCCAGCUUUCUCAAGAGGAUCCCAUAAAAGACUUUUUUGAGCAUAAAAUUGAACACAUGGACGAGUUUCUCGUGCUUACUAUCCAGAGAGUGCGUGAUAUGCAUAUUGGCUCUGGAGGAAAAGAAGCCCAACUAGAGGUGUUUGAGUUGAAUCGAAUCAUGAUGAUUGCUUUUAGUGCAGCACUUGAAUACAGACAGCAAAAUAUGACGUUGUAUGAGCUUUCCUCGGAAUGUGUUGUUGAAUCAUGGACUGCAACGGAUAAUGUGUUGACUUGUUUGAUUUAUUUGUACGAGGCGACAUUGCAGCUGUUAAAGAGAUCCAUCGAAUCUCUAUACUCUAUUGUUGAAGAUCCUUUGGAUGAGUUGGAUUUGUUUGAUCUUGAAUGCUCUUCUGUUGCCGAUCUCAAGUUUAAAAUGGGCUUUCAAUUUUGUAAGCUGGCUGAUUUAGUUCUUGGUGCAUUUCAUGAACGCUUGGGGUAUUUGACUACGUGUGGGCCGCAGGAAGAGCAUCGAUUGAUUGCACUGAAAGAAAAGUAUAGUGCCAAUUUGAGCAAGAUCAUUCAACCUCUAGUUCACUUGGGACAUGCAGAUCAUGCAUUUGAGUUGGCUGAAAAAUACCGCGAGCUUGAUUAUCUAGUUAAUCUUUGCCUAAAUGUUGAGAACCAAUCGCAUCGUAUAAAGACGUAUCUAGACUUGUUUGGAUUUGAGUUUAGUGAUGUCUUGUUUGAAACUUAUUUGAAAAAAUCAUUAAACUAUAUAAAGAGUACUUAUUUGCCCACUAAACCAUUUCCUGUUUUGUCGACACUACCAGGCAUGUAUCACGAGUUGUUAGUGCAGCCAAUUCAAUACCACGAGCAUUUGGAUCGGUUUUUUUCCUUUUCCAACACACCUUCAUUGUCUUGGAUCCACGAUAUUGUUGUGGGUCGAUACCCUGAUGCCUCCAAAGCAUUGUGGGAUGUAGCGGGAAGCGUGAAAUCUCGAGAAAAGCAAAUGCUUGCGUUGAGUCUUUCUAAACUUGCCGCAGUGGAAGCCGCAGAAAGCCUGGAAAGUUUUCAAGAAUCAAAGUUUUGCACCCAAUUUGAGCGUGCCCGUGAUCUGGUGAUUUUGCAGGACAUAGUGACUAGUGAGUUUAUGGAGAUGAUUCCUAUCAACUUGCGUACGGGAACUAUGAAUGUAGAUAAGCAAACCGACUUGAUUUUAUCCAAAUGCUUUUCUCAGCUUACUCGAUCGCGGCCUGUGCUUUUAAAGAUUGUUCAACGUGCUUUACAAGUGCUGUUGUGUGGAUUUAAACUAGAACUUCAUGAUACUCUGGAGCUGUUUACUAUUCGUGAUUCUGUUUUGAAUGAGGACAACUCUAGAGACCGAUUUCUUUCUGCUAUGGAGCAAAUUGGAUUGUAUCUGAACACAGAAAGCAAUGGGAAUGUAUCAAUGGAAACCGACUCAAAGGAAACCGAACAAUUCUAUGUUCAGCUCGUUUGGCGUCGGGCAUGGCUUAGUGGCGGAUGGGUUGAAAUUCUCGGCAAGUUUCGUCACUCAUCGAUCGAGCAAACGCAUGCUUUGUUACGAAAAACCUCUGUAUUUGCCAUCAUCCACGAAGCUUAUGCCGAGAGUAUAGAAAAGCCGUAUUUGCUAAAGUAUCUUAUUCCUCCACAAAACAUUGUGUCAGUUCCCACACCUACUCUUUUACGUACACUCCAUCCAGAUCUCGAUGAUGCACAUGCUCGAAACCUAUAUUCAGAGUAUGUUCAAGAGCAAGAUGCAUUUUUUAAAUUUGUCCAGGAUUGCAAUCUGGAGCAGAUGUUUAACGAAUGUGUGCGUUUGUGUUUGAUUGAAAUGAGUCUGAUGAUUGAAUAAAUGCUAUUUUUGAAUUGGUAUUU